UACUGAGUAGAUCUAAACAAAUCUGAAGGGCCGAAUGAAUUGAGAGAGCGGAGAAAAUCCAUUUCUUCUGGCUCCUUAAUCUUCUUCAGAUUGCACCCAAAUCACCGCAACUCGCCAUAUCUUUCCUCACUUCCCAGCAAACCCGCACACACCCCCCGAAAACGAUUUUCUUCCAGCUACAUCUUCCUCACACAUCAGAUCUAACAGAGAAGCAACACCCAAAAUCGAGACCCCACCUCUCCUUUGAGCAGCAAACGGGUCGGCUCCUCCAUCUUCCUCACUAUCGAUGCCAUUCCCAGAAACUCCAAAGCUCCGCCAACCUCUUUCCUUUCUCCUUUCUCCAUUCUCCUCUGCUCGCUGCCCAGCCUAUGCCGAAUCGGACUCGACCAGUCCCCUCCAGACACGCGGACAAGUGACCUGUCGUACCUCCCGCCUUCGCAGACCUACCGCGCCACGUCACCGCUCACAGCCAGUUUAAUCGAAAGCUUCAUUGGAACCUGCGAUUUGCUAGCCGAAGGAGAAGCCGCAAGCGACACCGCUGUUCUCUCCUGCUCGCCACGCAUCCCUUCGUCACUGCCACCGCGUUUCGGCACCCCUGUUCCCUGUCGCUGCACACCGAAACCCACUCUACUCACCCAGUGCCUGCUCUGGAAGUCCUCGCAGGUACCUCCUUCUUCUACUCAGAUUUCUGUUCAAUUUGGAUUUUUUUAAGUUCCUUUUUGUCGAUUUUCUCGAAUGAACAUAUGGAGCUGAUUUGUCCGAUGAAUUUUUUGCUGUCUAUUAUCGCUGUUCACAGUGGGUUUUGUGAUUCGUUUUACUUUCUAUUUGGAUUAAGUUUAAGGUGGUGAUUGAGUUGCUUUUUACAAGAUAAUUGACAGCUUUUGAUCAAAUAUGUUAGUUAUGGUAGUUUUUGAGUUAAUGGUAUGCGUUUUGUUCUACUGUAAUGUUAGGCUUCUGUUGUCAUUCAUUCUUGUUUGUUUCGAACAUAUGCUGCUUUAUUUGUUUACAUUGGCAUGACAAUUCAGUUAAUUGUGUGGACUAUAUUGUUGGAGAGUAAUUGGUGAUUAAAUACUUGAUUUAUAAUUACUUUUAUUCCUUGCUUAUUGGAAGAUUAUGAAUAUUUUAAAUGGAUGAGUUUGUUUCGAUUUGAGCAUCAAUUUGAUAUUUGGUUCUUCUGAUGUUAUAUUGAAUGCUUAUUAUAUUCUUGAAGAUAAACUAGCAGGAUCCUUGAUAUCUCUUGAUGUAUAAGAAUUGGUGCAUGGUUUGGGUUUGUUGUAGAAUAUAAUGUUACCAUUUCUUCACUAGCAUUUUUAGUUCUCCUUCUAUGUGGUUUCAAUAUCAUUAAGAAUCUUAUAAGUCAUUUUCGCCAUACAGGUGACCUUAGUGGUGACUCCAUUUCCUUGAUUUUACACUCUUGGUUUUCUUCUAAAAAAAUAUGAAAAAGAAGAAAAAGUUAUUUUCCGUAACUUAUCUUCAGUUGUAUUAGAUGUCUUAAGUGAACCUGCUUGUGUACAGAAGAAAACAAAUUAGUUUUAUUUCUGUAUGUAGUCAUGUCUUUGGUUGUAAAGAAACUGUUGAAGUUGGGACUUGAGAAGUUUUUAAUUAGGUCGACUCAUAGUCAUAUAUCUACAAUCUUAAGCUCAAAUUUCCAAAUGUGCUCUUCUUUCAGUAUGCUGAAUUUUGAAUGGAAGUGGACAAUUGUAAAUAUUAUAAACUAAUUCUGUUCCCCCACCUAAGCUAAGACUGUAUAGGGAUUUGUUUGAAUGCUCAAUUUAAAUGGCGCAUGUAGAAAGUGGAUCACAUUAUGUCAGUCACGUACAAGAAAAUCCAGUGCCAUUGAUACCUGGGCUUCCAGAUGACGUUGCACAUUUUUGCUUGGCCAGAGUGCCUCGAAGAUAUCAUGCUGUUCUGAAAUGUGUUUCCAAGAGAUGGAGGGCUCUACUAUGCAGCGAAGAGUGGUAUGCUUAUCGCAGAAAGCACAGCUUACGUGAAACUUGGAUUUAUGCAUUAUGUCGAGAUAAAUUUGAUCAGCUAUGCUAUUAUGUUCUCGACCCCCUUUCACCAAGAAGGUCUUGGAAGCGCAUUCACGACCUUCCUCCUCAAAUCCUCAGGAGGAAAGGUAUCGGUUUUGAAGUAUUGGGUAAAAAGUUAUACUUAUUGGGUGGCUUUGCUUGGUUGGAAGAUGCUACUGAUGAGGCACACUGCUAUGAUGUUUCCACAAACUCUUGGACUGUAGGGCCUAACAUGUCAACUGAAAGGUGCUACUUUGCUUGUGAAGUUUUGAAUGAAAAAAUUUAUGCAAUUGGUGGGUCAGGACUAAAAGCAAGUGUUCCAAAUUCUUGGGAUGUUUAUGACACUUGCACAAACAUCUGGGAAUCUCACGCAGACCCAAAUAUUAUCCCCGAAAUCGAAGACUCAUUUGUGAUGGAUGGAAAGAUAUACAUUCGAUGUGGGCAGUCUUCAGUAACUUCAAAUGUGUAUGCAGUUGUUUACGAACCAUUGAAUGGCAUUUGGGAGCAUGUAGAUGAGACCCUAGCAUCAGGCUGGCGAGGUCCUGCCGUUGUUUUAGAUGGCACUCUCUACGUAUUGGAUGAGAGUUCAGGGACCAGACUAAUGGUGUGGGAAAAGGACAUGAAGGUGUGGUUGCCAGUUGGGAGGCUGUCACUGCUACUUACAAGACCGCCUUGCCAGCUUGUUGCCAUAGGAAAGAGCAUUUUUGUAAUAGGAAAGGGAUGUAGCACAGUGGUUAUUGAUGUUGGCAAAGCGUGUGGUAUGGAAGGGGUGAUGAUGGCUUCUUCUAUACCUAAACUGGGUUCAGAUGAUAAUGUAAUUAGCUGUAAAUGUCUGGCAUUAUGAAUAACAUUUCAUUUUUUCUAAAGCUGAAAAUUUAAUUGCAUAUGAUGAAAUUAUUUGUUGUA